AUGGUAUCAGGAGGAGCUUACAAACCCCCCUCACAAGAAAAUGUGUUUCUUGAUCAAGUGACACAAUUCACUGAUAUAGAAAUAUUAACGGGAGUUGAUAGUGACACCGUAGCACAGGCCAAGGCAGGGAAUGACCCUUCUUACGUUCUGGAUGGGAGCAUGGCUGAAGCAACUCAAGGACCACUUGGUGUCCAUCAAAAGAUUUCAAAUACAAUGAAGAGGAGACCAAUGAGUCACCAAGAUACUAUCCACCUCGAGUUGCAGGCUAGGUUAAGGCACCAAGCCAUAUUGACUAAGCAUGAGCAAGAGUUACAUGCUGUAAGGAUGGAAACUGCCCAAGAAGAAUUAAAGAGGGCACAGUUAGAAACUGAAUUCUUUAAAAAAAAAAAUGGAAAUGGAAACUGAAUUUCUUAAAGAAAAAAAGGAUUUGGAAAUAGAAUUU